UGGGGUCCGAAAACAGUACCCGGUUCAACUACCCCAGCUAAGGCCCGUACCCGAGUAGACCAAUCGGUACACAACGACGUCGUUUCAGUCUCCGAACCACUGAAACGACGCCACUUAGCAGAAUUGAAUUCCCCAAUUCAAAAAGCUCGUUGUGAAAAGAGGCAUCUUUUAUUCUCUCGCCUGCAACUCGGCGGAUAGACACACGCACACUCAGCUCUCUUCUCUCCGGCGAGAAGGGGAGAGGGAGCGGGAAGAGAGAGAAAGUUAAGACAGAUUGAGAGAGCAAGUAAGCUGCUGUUCUGAAGCUCUUCAUCGCCGGAAGCCUCUCACUCUCUGCUCGCGAUUUCGGAGUAAUUGUCUGCAGCUGUUGAUGAAUGUACGUAGUAGGCUCUUGUGAAGAUCGAAGACUAAAUUUGCUUUUGGUAGAACCGUAGAAGCUUCUUUCAUGGCCUACUUGACCAAGACUUUGCGAUCAAGCAUCGCGGCUUCAAAAAUGUGUUCUUUGCAGGCAUUUUCCUUUUAUGCUUGCCUAAGUGGUUGGAUAAUUUUUCUAUCCCUCCAUUUCCAUUAUCUUGUUAAUUGGCACAAGUCAAAACUCGUAGAGGCAGCUAAAUUUGAAAGUUUUCUCCCGAUAGGAGCUUUCCAUUUAUACAGGAACAAGUGUCUAUUCACAACUUGACCGGCCAUCAGGAGAGCAAUGAAAAGCCACUUAGGGGAUGGACUUCUAGACUAAAUACUAUUCUUAAUGAUGGACCACAAUCACUUGACUAUAAAGACCUUUAUGGCCAUUACGGCCGAGAGAGAUGCUGCCAUCCGAGAAAGGAACAUGGCAUUGGAGGAGAGGAAGAGGGCUUUUCAAGAGCGGGAUAUGGCAAUGUUAGAGAGGGACGCUGCAAUUGCUGAACGAAACACUGCCAUGCAAGAACGGGAUGAAGCAAUUGCUUCUCUAAGAUAUCGAGAGAGCUCAAUGAACGACAAUACCAAUAUCCCCGAUUCAUUUGGAAAUGAGCUUGCAAGUGGAGGCAAACGUAUCAUCCAGUACCAGCAACAACAGCAAAUGCGUGUCUCUGAUGCUGCAUAUAGUCCUAAAGGAAACUUACGUGGCAAUGACAUCGGUAUUGCAGAGACUGCUGAGACUGCCAAGCCUCGGAGAGGGAGGCAGACGAAAGAUAAAGAAGGAAAGGCAACAAAAUCAGCCAAGCCUCCGAGAGCUGGCAAAAGAACUGCUGAAGCAGUAAUAAAAGAGGAGGUAAAUUCUGAUGCGUACAACGGUUGGAGUAACGAGCAGGGUUUGGAAAGUGAUGAGGAGUACCUAGAUAAGCAAGUUUCCUGGAAGGAUAAUCUGGGUUUGAACCAAAUUAAUUUUGAUGAAUCCGCCAUGCCAGUGCCGGUUUGCUCGUGCACAGGUUCACCACAGCCAUGCUAUAGAUGGGGAAACGGUGGCUGGCAGUCUGCGUGCUGUACAACCACAAUCUCAAUGUAUCCACUGCCUCAGGUAGCAAACAAACGCUACUCCAGAGUUGGCGGGAGGAAGAUGAGUGGGAGCGCAUUCAACAAGCUGCUCAAUCGACUUGCUGCAGAGGGGUACGACUUCUCCUCUCCCCUCGAUCUGAAGGACCACUGGGCUAAGCAUGGCACGAACCGUUACAGCACUCUUAAAUAGCUUAUAUAUUGCUUAUUUGCACAGGUAAUGGUGUUAGAUGGUGCUGUGUUCUACUCUACCCCCUAGGUUUUUAUUUUAUCUAUCUUAUAUAAUUGCUAAUAUCCAAUGUAAUGCCUUGAUUGGAUUCUUAUUUGGAGUGUAUACAAUUCUUGAAAAUCAGAUCAAGUCGAACCAUUUCAAGCCUAAUGGAUAAUCUGUAUUCCGCUUUA